GUGACCGUAGGGGCCUAGUAACAGCUUUAUUGAGAUUAUGCCUUGUGUACAUGCGAAUAUUUUGGACUGACCACUGAUAGAAUUAUGGUAACAAACUGGGAUGUUUUCUAACAAGAUGGUUGCUUUGGAUGUUAAUGUAACGAAGUCCGCUAGUGGGCAUAAAAGCUUGGACACAACUCCUACGACUAACGUUUCCAGCACUCCUAGUUCCAACACAGUUACGCUGGUAUUGUGCCUGUCUGGAGUUACAGUGUUUAUCGCUUUCGUGGUCAUCGUAGCCUUCUUGAUAAACCUGAAGCGACGACGAUCCCAGAAAAGACACAAAGCCUCCAAAUAUGACCAUCUGUUUACAACGUUGACGCGACCUGCGUUCUCAGUAGUUGGAACACGACGCCAACUUAGUGCACCAAAUAACCGGACUAGUUAUAGUUCCUUCGACGAGACCAAAGAGAUAAAAGUGACCGACUUAGAACUUUCCCAGUACCGAGAGAGCAAGGCACGUCGAAAUAAAGAGGUUCUUACGAAAUAUCAUAGUGUAGACUCGCAGAGUCACAAACCGUCUGCUAAAGUUAUGAAGAGGUCCAAAUCCAUGGUGGCGAAACUUUCUAUGGACGAAAUUGAACAAAAUGUUACAAUAUCAUUUACACUUAAAUACGCACAGAAGUUGCGUCAGCUACAUCUUAAGUUAUUACGUGUGUCGGACUUACCAGUGAAAUGUUACGGUUUCGAUAUCUAUGCCGUGGUGUAUUUAUUUCCACGAAACACAGACGGUGUCCACAGCCGAAGUAUCGUUGGAGGAAAGGAACUUGUUCUGAACGAAUCAUUCAUGUUUGACGACAUGAUCUUAGCGGAAGUAGAUAAAUCGACUCUUAGACUGGUGCUAAUGUACAAAAAGAAGACGAAAUCAGGAAGAAAAGACGGGUUCCUUGGUGAGACAUUCGUGGAAUGCAGCGAAGCCGACUGGAAUAGUGAACAGCCUUUACAGUUCGACUGUGAACUAGAGAAAAAUAAAAUAAAAUGCGGUACCAGGGAAAAGUAUCUUUUAAAAGACUUGGGAUCAUUAUUUGUCUGCCUAGAGUAUCAAGCCGGAGCCAGCCGCAUGAAAGUUAUGGUCAGAAAAGCAAGUAAUCUGCCAAAGUCGGACAAGCUCAUAGGCCGACCAGUUCAUUAUGUGACUAUUUCUCUGGUGAAAAACAAUGAGGUUCUAAAGACACAGGAAACAAAAACACAAAGUGGAUAUUUUCCUAUCUGGAAUCAGCCAUUUUUAUUUGAUCUGAGCGGAAGUGACGUAAACGAGUACAGCCUUGACUUUGUGAUCAUGCGCGGGAAGCUGCAUACAAAAGACACUGUUGUUGGUCACGUGACAAUUGGACAAAAUGGAUGUAGAAGCGGCAAAUUGCACUGGAAGGAAAUAAUUUCGCCGAGACCAGCUGAGACGGCGAAGUGGCAUUCAAUUGCACCAGUGUUAAGUUCAAAACAUGGAUAGGAUACUCGAGUUGCUGCUCAUAUUACAUUUUUGUUAUACAUAAAGUGUGCUGAAAGGCUCAAAAGCGCUAAGAAGUUCAAAUUUGGUUUACCGCUGUUAAUGUAUUAAGGGGUUUCUUGAUUGACUAAAUCGUCACGUGAUUUCCUUGACCAUGCGUAUUCGUCAACGCUUUGAGUGUGAAAAUAUGACUAAGAUUUUAAAUUGCCACAUUUUCAAUUUGCUCUAACUUUGUUACUAUAGUUGAUGCAACUUUGCUUGAAAAUACAUGCAACUGAAUUGAACACAAAGGUGCGAUAGUCUUAGUGGUAUAGAUGCAUUAAAUCAAUUAGAGUAAACUGACUUUGAAGGGAUUUGAAAUUUUAGUCUUAUUUUGAGACUUAUAUCACUGAUGAACCAUUGUCUUGCAGAUCGUCUUUGCAAGAACAGUAUAAUUAUAUGAUACUAUAUAUUUGUGAUGAAGUGUUCCUAUUGUUCCCAUGACGUGUUCCAAAGACCAAAUGUAGUUAAGCAGACCCCUGAGAUAUUGUAAAAAUAAUGGAACUUGUACGUUAGUAACUGUUAUUGUGCAUACGUUUUAUUGUGCAUCUCAAAGUGUUCAUUUUGGACUCGAAUCUGUAAGAUCGCUACUUAACUUCUUACCUGACACAUUUUGAAACACAAAGAGAAACUUGUAGUUAAACAGAUUCAAUUUAAAAAAGGAACAUUUGAAUUAUUUUUGUAAAAAUGGAUUCUCAGCAAGUGUAAUAGGUUUCCAAGAAAGUAGUAAAUUUUCACAGUUUAUCUACAUUUCGUAGAAAACCAUAACUACCAAUUAUUGCUGACGUUUGUCGGUUUAUCUUCUAAAAUAAAAUAAAGUUUAACGGAUAAGAUCAGAAUGUCACGAUUGGAACAAAAUUUAGCUUAGACAGAUUUAAGAAGACAUUAAAUUCAAGUUGUCAAAUCUUUAUUCAAAGCGACUAAGUCUUGUUGACACUUCGUUGGCAAUUUUUUCUCUCUCAAAAAAUCGAUAAAAAUGGUUUCUAUGAAAGUGGCCAGUGGUAAAAACUUACUGACAUAUAAAUCUUGCAAGAUACCCUGAAAAAUUACAGUACUGAUUUACAGAAGGAAGUAAACCAUUGUAACGAUUUUGAAAUAGCGGAGAAAAUCAACAUUCGUAUUAUUUACCUGAACAUUUUCGGUGCCGUUUGUAUUCUAUGCCAAACAUGCUGAAAAAUUCAGCCAAAGUAUGUUUGGUAUGGGCGAUUAGCAACUCUUAAAACUCUAUGGCAAAAUACUUAAUCUCAACAAUAAGCUUCCCGAGAUAUAAAUAUCAAGUGUAAAACUUAUUUAGUAAGUGUUAACUUUGCCCGAGCUAAGGCAAAAACCAAGGUCUCUAUUGAAGUCGGUUUUCUGAAAGAGCUAUAAAAAUAUUGUAUUAUGUAUUUUUAGUUCUUUGGUUUUCUCUACCAGAUAACACAUGCCAUUUUCAGAAAUAUGUACCAAGAUGAACUGCUACUUACACAGUACGGGUACAUAUAAAAGAUUCCUUUGUUUAUUUUUUAUAUGUGUCAGAAGUGUUAAAAUAUAUGAUAUUCUAUUUUUGUAAAGUGUUUUGCACCAUCCCUCUAAUGUGGGCUUCUUUCUUCACUACAGAUUGACAUUUAUGGACCUGACUAUGUCUUAUGCAUCUGACAGCAAUCAUUAACUCUUACAACUUUCUCUGUUUAUCUAUUUAUUAGGAGUACAUAUAAAACUAAACUGUUGACAGCACACAUGUGAUUGAUGUUAUUUUUGUAGCUGUUGAUAGCUAGAGAAUAUGUUAUAUGUGCAUCUUUUCUAAAAUUUGUUGCAAUAAAAUUUGUUUGAAAACUGA